AUGACUAAUGACUACGGGUUUUACCACCUGCUAUUUCCGGAAUCCAGAGAUGCCAUAUUUUAUAAAUUUACUCGCAUCAGCCUCAACUAUGCUCUAGGCGAUGCUUCAGCUUUUUCUGAAUGCGAUUUUGAAGAUCCAAGUAUUUGUAACUUUGUACAAGACAAAACAGACGACUUUGAUUGGACAAGAAAAAAUGGAUCAACACCUUCAUUUAAUACGGGUCCUUCAUUUGACCACACAUACGCAAAUUCAGAAGGAUACUACUUGUACAUCGAAACUUCAGGUCGCAGUACCAAUGACACCGCUCGUCUUUGGACACCGCAAUAUUCUGCAACGAACGGCCUGUGCAUCAAGUGGUUCUACCACAUGUACGGGCGCACAGUGAACACAUUAAAUGUGUACGUGGUCGAUUCUACGGAUACUGUUGGUACACCUGUGUGGACUAAAAAAGACAACCAAGGAAGUAGUUGGCUACUUGGAAAAGUCUCAUUUGCAAAAUUCGGUAUCUAUUCGAUAAUGUUUGAAGGAAUUAGAGGAAGUGGUUACUCAGGUGACAUUGCUAUAGAUGACGUCAGAAUCACCAAUGAAGCCUGUUUGAUUCCAGUUUGUCCUUUGUUUGUUGAGUUUUCAAUGUUGACCCUAAUGGCUGCCCAUAUUGUUUCGGGUCUGGAUGGUAGAAAUAAUGGAAAUGGAGCCUUCAAGGAGAUUGCUAAGAAUAAUAGACACCUAUAUCUGACCAUGGAGGUUACCUCCAUGAUCGGACUGAUAUGGGUAGAGUGA